AUGCUGCGUCAUACCCCCGCCGGCUUUCAACGCUCAUUCCGUUUCAAAGCUUCUCUUCGUCAUCCCGGAUCUCUUAUGACAGGCUCAAUUCCAGCUAUUUCCGAUGGACUGUCUGUUCAAGAUGUCUCGACUCACUUGCCUGACGACAACCGUCCCUCUUCGCCGCCUCACGCCGUAACUGAUAUUCAUCGUCAGAGGGAAAACCAACACCCCGAAAGCUUGAUAUCGAGACGGCGGUUUAAAAAAUAUUACGCCCAACCAAAACCUACCCCUUCCGAAUAUCUGGCUAAGGCCUUGAAACAUGCUGGUCAUGCUCUUGGAUCCGUGGGGUAUUCGACGAAAAAACGGGUCGGUCGUUCCAGUUUCGGCCCUGGCCAAGAUGCAUCCAGAGAUGCCCUUCAAACCCUCAACAUGCCACGAUUAACAUACGGAAGACCUCAAAACCACUCCUUUCAAACGACUCUUGCCGAAUAUAUACGUCUUGUGGAUCCUAUUCUCGCAACCAGCACCGCCAGUGACCAGAGUGGUGAAUUGGACAAAAUACUUAGCCAGGUCUUUAGAGAAAGCAGUCAUCGAUUUUUGACGUCCAGGGGAUAUGAUAUUGAAGAUGUGGUCGCGUGGGCGUGGAUUUUGAAAAGCAAAGACACUUGCCAGGCAAUUUCCAGGCUGUUCGCGCUCGAGAUGGACUAUGGAACUCGGUUUGAAGCCAAUUAUCCUCGUGUCCCGCCUUUCAUUGCCCUUUUCCUUUUGAAAGAGGAUCAUCUGGAUGUUCGCUCUUUUCGAUUACUGGUCAUCUAUUCUUUGCACCUUUUGAGUGGCCAACCCCUGCCGCCCUUUGAUUAUAUGGCAAAUUAUCCAGCGCGAGCUUUGGAACCCCUAGAACAUUUUCGGCCACGAAUUGAUCCCUCUACUGGGGCGCAUCUUGUGGCUCGUAUGAUUCGACAUGCGCGGCUAAUUUGGCCCCAGGCCUUACCUACAUUAGCACGGGCUCUUGCUCGAUUCUUGAUGGCUACGGAUGCAGAGACACAGCCUUCGAGGUUGAGUAAAGAUAGGUCCGACCAUUUCAAGACAGACAAGCUUAAUGCCUGUUUAUGGCUCAUCUCUCUUCCAACUAAAAUUUACCCCUUUCGCUCGACAUCUAUUCAGCAGCAAGCGCAAUUUGAGCUCCUUCGAGCCAUGGCCAGUCACAAACCAGUUCUUCCUCUUUCACGCCAAGGCUAUCGGGCAGUCGUCGCCGUCCAGGUGGCCCAUAAAAAAACCACAGCAGAGCGACAGUCAGCUGAACUGAAGGCUCCUUCAUGGCCACCAUGGAAGGAAGAAAGAAUGGGUAUCGAUGCCCUUCGUGGUAACGAAGGUGUCUACAGCCGUGCGAUGAAUGUCCUCUCGCAGAUGCGAGAGGCUGGCUAUUCCCCUCGUCUCUGGGAGGACAUAGCUUCUAUCCUAACUGGAUGGGACACCGACCGCAGUCCGACCAUUCAGACAAGAAGCCUCGUGUCUUGGUCACCGUCAGUGACUCGUGCGCGCCAGAGUAACCCCGACAACAUUGCGCUCUGGACUGCGCGAAUCCGCGCUACAAGGACUGUCCGUGAAGCUUGGGCCUGCUUUCUAUCGUACCAAGAUCUUUGUCUUCCUCCAAAGCCUGCCAUGUACACUGCGAUGGCCGAAAAGCUGAUAUACCGUCAAAGGGCCAUCAAGACCCGGUUUGAUGAGACCAGUAAUGCUCUCCCAGGUGAUGGGCCUGAAGUUCACCCUGAACCGGCGUCAGCACGCGAUAUCAUCUACGUCCAUACGGAACCCCCAGUCCUGCGAGAAUUCCUCGACCAAAUGCUGUCUCAUGGGUUUCGAUUCUCCGGGAGGUUUCUGGCUUUAUUGCUUCGCUCUGCUCCCAACAUUCAAACUGGGCUGCGAUACCUGCAUUGCAGCGACUUAACCGAAGAUCAAAUCCGAGCUCUCUGCACCGUGCGGAGUCAUCCAUCUGAAUACGAUGUCUCGCAUCUCACAGCCCUUCAGUCUGUGCCAGAUUAUAUCUUUGCUUCUUUCAUCCAGCUGCUAUGCGCACGAUCAAGUUUCAGAGUUUGGCAAACAGACAGGAGAAUGCCCAUGGAUGAUCGCUUUCCUCUUAUCGCCGCAACUGACCAUUCUCAUACCCCUACAGUUCUUCUUCCUGAUUUUGAAGACAAACUUCGGCAUCGAUCCUAUCCCAAGGCUCUCUGGCAUGCACUUCAACUGACUCGGGCGCGUCAAGCUCCGUGUGCUGCUGCGUGGUCCACCAUUUUGAAAACCUUAGGCGAUGAGCGCAUCAGCAGGAAAUGCCCUCCUGGUCAACGAUACUUGAACCGCAUCCUUGCAUGGCAUGAGACCCUGAUCGCCUUGAGAUGGAUGAAAUCUCAGGGUAUUGAUCCUACGAUGGAGGGAUUCUACGGUCUAUGCACUACCUUCAGGCAAGCCGUUGAUGCAGGGAUGAGACAUCCCGACAAAGCCGACGAGAGCUUCAUGAUGAUUGAAAAAGCGGCCCGCGGUCCAAAUGCCCCCAUCAAAAUCUGCGGGCAGGAUUUCUUCGAUGCCAUGGUUGAGAAUGGUCUCCAAGUUCUGAAGUCGCUAUUUGAUUCUCUUGUUCUCCCGACUUCGAAUACAACGGAGGUGGCCGAGCACAGCGUCUUCUCAGUUGGUAGCCUGGUCGAAUCGGAGCUACAUGUGCCCUCGGUGUUGCACGUUCCGUCAUUUGCGGUGCUCCAUAGUUUCGUGCGGGUGCUUGGGACGGUCCUCGAUGACGACGGCUUGUUGCAUCUGUUGCGAUGGAUGGGCCGGACCGCUGCUCCCUUGAAUGAAGUGUCCGACGAGCUACUGAACGGUGAGAAGAUGCGUCGGCAGACCUUGACAGCUAUUCGCGUGUUCCUGGAGCGGCGACACAUCGCUGAUCUCGAUGCCGUUCAUGACGACCGGGUAGCAGCGGAGAAAGUGCAGGAGGCAUACGACAUCAUCUGCCGGGCACCUGGCUGGGACUGGCCCAGUGACGCGGAGAUCGAGGAAUAUUGCAUGGACCAAUAA